GCUGCGUGCCCUUGUGCGGGAGUUCACACCCUGCUAACUCCCCGGCCGGGCGCACCCAGCGCGCAGCCCUGCAAUCCCGGCUUUUGGUCCGCGCCUCCUCCACCUCCCUUCUUCCGUCCCCGUCCCCCAACCCGCCGGACUGGGACGCCCGCCUGGCAGGAAGCGGCGCCUACGGGCUCCCGAGCCCCCUGCCUCUUCCCUUCUCCUCCUUCCUUCUCUCCAGCAGCCACGUGCCCCUGCCCCUCCCUGGGAGCCCCAGAGGUCUCCAUGGCCUCACCCACCUCCACCAACCCAGCGCAUGCCCACUUUGAGAGCGUCCUGCAGGCCCAGCUGUGCCAGGAUGUGCUGAGCAGCUUCCAGGGGCUAUGCAGGGCCCUGGGGCUGGAGCCCGGUGGGGGGCUGCCCCAGUACCACAAGAUCAAGGCCCAGCUCAACUACUGGAGUGCCAAGUCACUGUGGGCCAAGCUGGACAAGAGAGCAAGCCAGCCUGUCUACCAGCAGGGCCAGGCCUGCACCAGCACCAAGUGCCUGGUGGUGGGUGCCGGACCUUGUGGGCUGCGGGCUGCUGUGGAGCUGGCGAUGCUUGGGGCCCGGGUGGUGCUGGUGGAAAAGCGCACCAAGUUCUCUCGCCACAACGUGCUCCACCUCUGGCCCUUCACCAUCCAUGACCUUCGGGCACUCGGCGCCAAGAAGUUCUAUGGGCGCUUCUGCACAGGCUCCCUGGACCACAUCAGCAUCCGGCAACUUCAGCUGCUUUUGUUGAAAGUGGCAUUACUGCUGGGGGUGGAAAUUCACUGGGGUGUCACUUUCACUGGCCUUCAGCCCCCUCCCAGAAAGGGGAGUGGUUGGCGUGCCCAGCUCCAGCCCAGCCCCCCAGCCCAACUGGCCAACUAUGAAUUUGAUGUCCUCAUCUCUGCAGCUGGAGGUAAAUUCGUCCCUGAAGGCUUCACAGUGCGGGAAAUGCGCGGCAAACUGGCCAUUGGCAUCACGGCCAACUUUGUGAACAGGCGCACCGUGGAAGAGACACAGGUGCCCGAGAUCAGCGGCGUGGCCAGGAUCUACAACCAGAGCUUCUUCCAGAGCCUGCUGAAAGCCACAGGCAUUGAUCUGGAGAACAUCGUGUACUACAAGGAUGACACCCACUACUUUGUGAUGACAGCCAAGAAGCAGUGCCUGCUACGGCUGGGGGUGCUGCGUCAGGACUGGCCGGAGACCGACCGGCUGCUGGGCAGUGCCAAUGUGGUGCCCGAGGCUUUGCAGCGCUUUGCUCGGGCAGCUGCUGACUUCGCCACCCAUGGCAAGCUCGGGAAGCUGGAGUUUGCCCAGGAUGCCCACGGGCGGCCCGACGUCUCUGCCUUUGACUUCACAAGCAUGAUGCGGGCAGAGAGCUCUGCUCGGGUGCAGGAGAAACAUGGCGCCCGCCUGCUGCUGGGGCUGGUUGGGGACUGCCUGGUGGAGCCCUUCUGGCCCCUGGGCACUGGAGUGGCCCGAGGCUUCUUGGCAGCCUUUGAUGCCGCCUGGAUGGUGAAGCGCUGGGCAGAGGGCGCUAGGCCCCUAGAGGUGUUGGCAGAGAGAGAGAGCUUGUACCAGCUCCUGUCACAGACAUCCCCAGAAAACAUGCACCGCAAUGUGGCCCAAUAUGGGCUGGACCCAGCCUCCCGCUAUCCCAACCUGAACCUCCGGGCCGUGACCCCCAGUCAGGUACGAGACCUGUAUGAUGUGGAGGCCAAGGAGCCUGUGCGGAGAAUGAGUGACAAGACAGACUCAGGAAAGCCGGCCACUGGGUCGGUGGCCACCCAGGAGGAGCUGCUACACUGGUGCCAGGAGCAGACGGCUGGUUACCCAGGGGUCCAUGUCACCAACCUGUCUUCCUCCUGGGUGGAUGGGCUGGCUCUGUGUGCCCUCGUGCACCGGCUGCGGCCCGGCCUACUGGAACCCUCAGAGCUGCAGGGAGUCGGGGCUCUGGAAGCGACUUCUUGGGCACUGAAGAUGGCAGAGCAUGAGCUGGGCAUCACGCCCGUGUUGUCCGCACAGGCAAUGGUGGCAGGGAAUGACCCACUGGGCCUCAUUGCCUACCUCAGCCACUUCCAUAGUGCCUUCAAGAGCACACCUCACAACCCAGGUGAACCGGAGGCGGCAGGCCCAGUCAGCCAAGGCUCCUCGGGCACCGCCAGCGCUGUACUGUUCCUUGGCAAACUGCAGAGGACCCUGCAACGGACCCGGGUCCAGGGAAACGGGGAGGAUGCUGGUGGCAAGAAGCCUCGCAUGGAGGUAGAGGCUGAGACCCCAAGUACUGAGGAGCCACCUGUCCCAGAGCCUGAUGUACCAGUGACACCCGCAUCCCAAUACCAGGAGGCCAGUGCCGAGGAUCUGUGUGCACUGUGUGGGGAACACCUCUAUAUCCUGGAACGCCUCUGUGCCAAUGGCCGUUUCUUCCACCGGAGCUGCUUCCGUUGCCAUAUCUGUGAGACCACAUUAUGGCCAAGUGGCUACGGGCAGCACCCAGGAGAUGGACAUUUCUACUGCCUCCAGCACCUGCCCCAGCCAGGCCACAAAGAGGAUAGCAGUGACAGAGGCCCUGAGAGUCAGGUCCUUCCCAUACACAGUGAGAAUAACAUGCCAUCACGCCCCUCGAUUCCCGUGGCCCCCCAGGAGGGGACCAGUCCUGUCCCAAGCCAGCCCACCCGUCGGCUGAUCCGCCUCUCCAGCCCAGAACGCCAGCGGUUAUCCUCCCUUCAUCUCACCCCUGACCCGGAAAUGGAGGCUCCACCCAAGCCCCCCCGAAGCUGCUCCAUCUUGGCCCGCCAGGCCCUAGAGGGAAGCUUUGUGGGCUGGGGAAUGCCAGUCCAGAGUCCUCAAGUUCUUGUGGCCGUGGAGAAGGAGGAGGAAGAAGAGAGUCCCUGCUCCAGUGACGAGGAAGCAGAGGAAGACGUGCCGUUGGACUCAGACACGGAACAGGUUCUGUGGAACUUGGCUAAGAACUCAGGCACAAUGAACAGUUACCCAACGUGGCGUCGGACUCUGCUGCGCCGUGCUAAGGAGGAGGAGAUGAAGCGGUUCUGCAAGGCUCAGGCCAUCCAACGGCGACAAAAUGAGAUCGAGGCUGCUCUGAGGGAGCUGGAGGCCAAGGGCAUGGAGCUGGAGCUGGCUUUGAGGAGCCGGGGCAGUUCCCCCGAACAGCAAAAGGCACUAUGGCUAGAACAGUUGCUACAGCUUGUUCAGAAGAAAAACAGCCUGGUGGCCGAGGAGGCUGAGCUCAUGAUCACGGUGCAGGAGCUGAACUUGGAGGAGAAACAGUGGCAGCUGGACCAAGAACUGCGAACCUACAUGAACCAGGAAGAAGCCCUGAAGACAGCUGCCGACCAGCAGGCUGAGGACAAGGUCCUGAGGAAGCUAGUGGACGUGGUGAACCAGCGAGAUGCCCUCAUUCGCUUCCAGGAGGAGCGCAGGCUCAGUGAGCUGCCCUCGGGGCCAGGGCCCCAGGGCUAGAAGAGGGUAGGUUGCCUGUCUUCUUCUCUGCAAGGAAGACUGCCUCACCCCAGGACAGUGCCACCCUGUUCAUUGGGGCUGCCUGGGAGAGGCCUCACUGUUUACAAUAAAAAAGCUUCUGCCGUAAACAGGACUUUGGCUACCUACAGGGGG